UCUCUCGUUAUACAAAUAAAAUAACGUGAGAGGCAAGACCGUAAAUUCGGAAAAGUCGGGUUGUAAAAAAAACAAAAUUUAAGGAAGAAACUGCUUUUAUAAAAACGACAGUGUCCCAUGCUCUGCCACAAAGCGGUGUAAAUGACAUUGCCCUUUAUGAAAGCAAGUGGCACCAGAGAGAAAAAAAAAAAAAAAAAAGAAAAGAAAUUACAGAAAAGGAGAUAGAUUCCUCAUACCCUGAUUCUACCGAAUUUUAAAACUCAGAUUUAAAUCUAACAGAGAGUGGUUUCAAGUCCGUUAAAGUCUAUAAAAGGGUCCAUAGCUUUUAGAUUUUCACUAAGCACAGAGGGCUUAAAAGGCCAGCGAGAGCGAGAGGCAGGGCUACAGCCAAAGUUAGUGCAGACAGACAGAAAAAUAUGGGAGGCUGGGCUAUCGCAGUGCACGGUGGCGCUGGUGUGGACCCAAAUCUCCCUAAAGAAAGACAAGAGGAGGCUAAGAGACUCCUCGCUCAUUGCCUUGACAUUGGAAUCUCUGCUCUCCGCUCUAAUCUCCCCGCCAUUGAUGUCGUUGAACUUGUCGUGAGAGAACUGGAAACAGAUCCUCUGUUCAACUCGGGGCGUGGAUCUGCCCUUACAGAGAAUGGAACGGUGGAAAUGGAAGCCAGCAUUAUGGACGGCCCAAAGAGGAGAUGCGGUGCCGUUUCAGGCUUAACCGCGGUUAAGAACCCUGUCUCCCUUGCCCGUCUUGUCAUGGACAAAUCACCACAUUCUUAUCUAGCCUUCUCGGGUGCCGAAGAGUUUGCCAGGAAACAGGGCGUGGAGUUGGUGGACAAUGAAUACUUCGUUACGGAAGAUAAUGUGGGGAUGCUUAAGUUGGCAAAAGAAGCAAACUCAAUCCUGUUUGAUUACCGUAUCCCUACGAUUGGUACCUGCGGUGCCGGCGCUGCUAUGGACAGUCCUUUGCAGAUGAACGGGCUUCCUAUCAGCUUCUACGCCCCAGAGACAGUUGGGUGCGUGGUGGUUGACAAGGAGGGUCGGUGCGCUGCAGCCACCUCCACCGGUGGACUAAUGAACAAGAUGAUAGGAAGGAUUGGUGACUCGCCCCUUAUUGGUGCAGGGACCUACGCAUGUGACUUGUGCGGGGUGUCAUGCACUGGGGAAGGAGAGGCAAUCAUCAGGAGCACCCUGGCAAGGGAAGUAGCAGCAGUGAUGGAAUACAAAGGGUUGAAUCUGCAUGAGGCGGUGGAUUAUGUGAUAAAGAAUAGGUUGGAUGAAGGCAAAGCUGGACUGAUUGCUGUGUCAAAGAAUGGUGAGGUGGCUUGUGGGUUUAACACCACCGGGAUGUUUAGGGGCUGUGCUACUGAGGAUGGGUUCAUGGAGGUUGGUAUCUGGUAAAUGUUUUCGAAUUGCAUUUGUAUUUAGUUCUAGCGGGCCGGAGAGGGCCUUUCUUUUUGGUGCUUCAAAGUAUCUCUUGUUUGGUCCUAAUUAAGUGAAGCACUGUGCAAUUUAAAUGCUUGAAUAAUAAAUUAGGAUCUUCAUCUUUAAGACUGGAAUUGCUAGUGUCAAAUAUCAAUCAAUCAAUAACAGGUUGAUGCUUUGGACUUUUGUCCACAAUUGCCAUAUGA